AUGGAUUCUGAAGCCAGAAGGGAGCAACAUUUUGUGGAAGAACAAAAAAGUGGCAUGGCAGAAACAAAAGUGCUAAUUACACGUGAUGAAUAUUUUGAAACAGUAAAUGAAUUAAUUACCAGCCAGAAGACGAAAGUCAAAAGCCCGCGCCAGUACUAUCUAAUAAAAAAAAAUGAGCUGCUGAAUUGUGGUGACACUCAAAAACUGAUAAGAAAACGCAAAGAUGAAAAAUCUGAACCAGUAUACUUUGUAUUCAUUGAGGAGACAUUUAGUAUUCUGAAAAGGGCACACAUUUUGACAGGGUAUGGUGGCCGAGACAAAAUGAUAAAAAAUCUGUCACAAAAGUAUGCAAACAUCACACAAGAGUCCAUUAAUCUGUUCAAGGCUGGAUGCAUUGAGUGUCAGAAGAAAAAGAGACGACCUACCAUUAAGGGGACAGUUGUACGACCAAUCCUGACCAAAGAAUUCGGAACACGAGGCCAAGUUGAUCUCAUUGAUAUGCAAUCAAUGAAGGGGCGAUUUUCUUGGAUUAUGGCGUACCAAGACCAUUUGACAAAAUUCAUUGUUCUUCGACCCCUUACAUCAAAGCGUGCAGCAGAGGUAGCCUAUCAACUUUUGGACAUUUUUCUGUUGUUCGCUGCUCCUCAAAUUUUGCAAAGUGACCAUGGGUCAGAAUUUACUGCUCAAGUCAUCGAAGAAUUGAAAGUGAUGUGGCCCUCACUUCACCCCUUCAAUUUUCAGUUUAGGGAAUAA